GAAUUCGACACACAUUUCAGUCGCCAUUUUGAGCGUCGAUUGAAAUCAUUGUUUCAACGCUUUUGAAACAAAUUGCAGUCAAAAAAAAAUUAAUUGUUUUCUUAGAAAUUAAUUGUUUUUUUUUAAAUUUAAUUUAAAUAAUAAUAAUAAUUGAAUUAAUAAUUAAUUCAAGAGUUUUAUUAUUAUUAUUAUUACUAAUAAUUUAGCGAAAAAAAUAUUAUAAAAAAAAAAUCCAAAAAAAUUUUAAAAAUCUAUUGAAAAAAAAUUCCCAAAAAAAUCGAAAAAUUUCUAUAAAAUCGGAAAAAAAAUCUUUAAUUUUUUUAAUUCAAAAAAUCAAUUGUUUUUUUUUUGUCUUCACUUUGACUGCAUUUUUAAAGCGCAAUGAAUCAGUCUUCGGGUCCCUCCUAUCCGAUGGCCAGUCUAUACGUCGGCGAUUUGGCCACUGAUGUGACGGAAGCGAUGCUUUUCGAGAAGUUUUCGACCGCCGGUCCGGUUCUGUCGAUCAGAGUUUGUCGCGAUAUGAUUACCCGUCGGUCAUUGGGUUACGCUUACGUCAACUUUCAACAGCCGGCCGACGGUAAGUCUGUAAUCGCCGAACGCGCUUUGGACACAAUGAACUUCGACGUGAUUAAUGGACGUCCCGUUCGGAUAAUGUGGUCUCAACGCGACCCGAGUCUACGGAAGUCGGGAGUCGGCAAUAUUUUCAUCAAGAAUUUGGACAAAAGUAUUGACAAUAAGAUAAUGUACGACACGUUCUCUACGUUCGGAAACAUCUUGAGCUGCAAAGUCGCGCAGGACGAAGAGGGAAACUCCAAAGGCUAUGGAUUCGUUCACUUCGAGAGCGAAGAAGCGGCCGUUAAUGCCAUUCAGAAAGUCAACGGAAUGUUAUUGAACGGAAAGAAGGUAUUUGUCGGACGGUUUGUUCCGCGAAAGGAAAGGGAACGUCAUAUGGGAGACAAAACCCGUUUAUUUACAAACAUUUAUAUCAAAAACUUGUCCGAAGAGUUCGAUUCCGACGAAAAACUCAGAACUCUUUUCGAACCGUUUGGCGACAUAUGUUCGGCAAAAGUGGUCACUGAUCACGAUUCGGGAAAAUCCAAGGGAUUCGGGUUCGUGUCGUUCGAAGAGCCGGAAAUGGCGGAAAAGGCUUGCGAAGCGCUGAAUGGCAAAGAGUUUGGGGGAAAACCGAUGUUUGUUGGAAGAGCGCAGAAAAAGGCCGAACGACAGGCGGAAUUGCGGCGAAAGUUCGAACAAUUGAAACUCGAAAGACUCAACAGAUAUCAAGGCGUCAAUCUUUAUGUCAAGAAUCUGGACGACCAAAUAGACGACGAACGUCUGAGGAAGGAGUUCGCACCGUUCGGCACAAUCACGUCGGCCAAAGUGAUGACCGAUUCGACCGGAAGAUCCAAAGGAUUCGGUUUUGUCUGCUUUUCGACUCCAGAAGAAGCGACAAAAGCCGUCACAGAAAUGAAUAACAGAAUAGUUGUGACGAAACCGCUUUAUGUGGCGCUUGCGCAGAGAAAAGACGAACGACGCAUGCAUCUAUUGUCUCAACAUGUCCAGCGCUCCGGAGGAAUGCGUGUCCAACCCCUACCGCCCCAACCCGCGCAUCACCACCCGCACCACCACCAUCACGCGGCAAUGGGUCCCGCAUUCCCGCAACUAAUGGUUCAACCGCAACAAGCCGGUCAUUCCUCUCAACCCCAGCCUGGAUACUUUAUUCCAACAAUGCCGCCAACACUCAGACCAAACUAUUACCCGAAUCCAGGACAACAAUCGGCCGGAGCGGGACAACCGACUCCAAUGCGACCAAGAUGGACCAAUUCGGUGCCGAGACAACCUGGCCAAGGAGGACAGUAUCCGCAAUCCCAAUUCAGAGGUCCGAAUAUUCGCGCUCAACAACAAAGAGGACAGAUUCCCGGCGGACAAACUGGACAAAGACCUUCGGCUCCAAUGACUCGUCAACAACGACCGCAGCAACCGCGCGGAGGUCCGGGUGGACCGCAAUCGACUGGAUUCACUCCGGGAGGGUAUAAACGCCCCAAUCAAGAGGCGGGACCUCCGGCGGGUAUUCGUGUUCCCGGACAGGAACCGCUGACACCGUCGAUGUUGGCCGAAGCGAAUCCACAGGAACAGAAACAAAUGUUGGGCGAACGACUGUUUCCUCUGAUAUCACAUAUGCAUCCGGAUUUGGCCGGAAAAAUCACGGGAAUGCUUCUCGAGAUCGACAACUCGGAACUCCUUCAUAUGCUCGAACACUCGGCCAGUCUUAAGGCCAAAGUCGACGAAGCGGUGGCCGUAUUGCAGGCGCAUCACGCGAAAGAAGUGGCCGCAAAACAGAUCAACUGAUUGGAGGACAAGAAGACAGACAACAACCGAUGGAAUGGACGACAAAUUGAAUUAAAAUAUUAAUCGAAACUAAAAAUUAUUAUUUGUUUUAUUGAUUGAAAAAAUUGCAAAAAAAACCGAAAAAUGAAUUAAACUUUUGAACCGAAAAAUAAAAACUGAAUUUGAAAUCCA